CAUAGCCGAGGUUUUUGAUAUAUUACGAUCCCCGACCAACAUCUACGCUUUAAGUUUCUGUGGGAAGCCAAUACUAGACAAACGUAAGUACUAGUACUUAAGGGAACAUCACACGGGUCGUAUCUACUCACUGUUACAGACUCUCACGAAGAUCACGAAGGAACUUCUUUACUUCUUUUUGUCGAAUGCGUGCGUUUGCAAAUACAUAAUAUCGUAGCAAAACCAUCAUGCGGACGUUUCAUCUUCCCGCAGCGCUGGGGGAACGGCAGUUCCUGGCGGCUCCUGGCGCUCGAAGAACAAGUGCUAGCCCGCGGCGUCCUCCAAGCAGCUUGUUUGCACAGCUCACUUUCGCUCUAUUUCUCCUGCCUGGAAGCUUGGUUCUUCCGCAAGCCCGCGGCCGCACGCAAACGAUUUUGAAGUGGAAGCAGCUGCUGCGGGGACGGUGUUUGGACGGGUCAGCGUCGGGCUACUACGUAGAACAGGAGCCGGACCCCGUGCUACUCAAGCAAAAGCUGGAAAACGGCGUCUUGAUCGACUUCCAAGGCGGAGGCUGGUGCUACGGGGACACGAGAGAAGCGACGAUCGCAGACUGUCAGAAAAGAGCAAAAACACGGUUGGAUUUUUUAAGACAUAGUUCUGUUUUAUUUGCCAUUCUGAAGAGUUUGUCUCGAACUCGAUUCAUCGUUAAUUGUGCACAAACGUGUUUCUUUCGAAAUCAAUUUACGACCUCAAAGUGUUGUCGCUGAGUGCAGCCUUGCACUUCUGUCGCAUCACAGAUUCGCAUAAAAUUAAAACGUGGUCGACUUGAAAUAUAUCACUCCAGGCUCGGUUCCUCGUCGACGUACCCGAAAAAAAUGUACCGGCCCGCGUGGCGAGAUCGCAUGGCAGCGCCGUUUCUGCACAUCUUCGUUCCUUACUGCGACGGUACAAGCUUUUCUGGCAACGCUGUCGUCGCCGGAUUGCACUUCGAAGGCGCCACCAUUCUCCGCGAACUGAUGAAGUCAAUCUCGGUGGUAUCUAUAGAUACUUCUAGGUGCCUUUAUUCUAUCUAUCUUCGAGUUGUAUCGUGCUCUUUUUCUCUCGGAAAAAAGAAAGAGCUUCUGUUGCGUUGUACUUCUGUAUGAUAGAAGAAAAUAAACCUGAGCGUCGCUUUAGAAACAUCAUAAACUAUUUCCAGAUGCUUUUUUCCGCGGCGACGGAUCCUUUCUACAUUGGUCCGCACGGCCGGAUCAUCUUGACCGGCGGGUCUGCGGGCGCCAGCGCGGUCUUCUACCACGCAGACACCAUGGCGCACUGGUUUAAAGAAGUCGCGUAUUGUGAGAAAAAAUCCCCCCUCCCCAUAUCGAAAACGGAAUUUGUGUUGCUGUAUUUGAGUACACAAAUCGACUUGUAUUGAUACAGGGCCACGAGACGCAGUUGCUCCCUCGUUUGUAGGCAAUUUGUCAUGCUGUUUCCCGUUUCCAGUGAGUUGCUUCCUGUCAUGCUGAAGACGCUAGGCUUUCCUACGCCAGCGAGGACUACAGAACGCAUCUCUUCCCUUCUAGCAUGAAAAAAGGAUUUGUGGUCACGAAUCAUGCUACACAAAUCUACGGUUUGGUAUGGGGAGGGGGGAUUUUUCCUUUUGAUAUCGCGAAGUCGGUCACCAAAAACUACGAAGAGAAGCCGCGACUGCACGUCCUGGCGGCGCCGAACGCGGGGUAUUUCUAUCAAAGGGAAAAAAGCCUCCACCCCAUAACGGAAACGGAAGAUGCGCGAAUUUGUGAUGCUGUAUUUGAGUACACAAGUCAACUUGUAUUGCUAGAAGGCCAAGAGACGAAGCUGAGGACUAAAUUGUAGGUAAUCUGUCAUGUUGUUUCCCACUUCCAGUUGCCUCCUGUCAUCCUGGAGCUGCAAGGCUUUUCCACGCUAGACAGCACUACAGUCCGCAUCUUUUGCCUUCUAGCAUCACAAAGCUGAUUUGUGACCACAAAUCUGCAUCACAGAUUUCCGUUUUGAUAUGGGGAGGGGGCAUUUUUCAUUGUAAUAAUUUCCUGAAGAUGAACACCACCGAGGGGAGCCGCGACUUGUGGGGCAAGCAGAUGACCGAGCUGUUCCGGUUGUCGAAUGGGUACAAAAGCUUGAACGAGAAGUGUCUGACGAAAUUCAACAAAAACCCGGAUAAGUGCCUGUACGAAGAGAACUACGGGGAGAUGCUGCAGACGCAGUUUUUGAUUCUGCAGUCGAAAUACGACUACUCUGAGAUCACUGCCACGCUGGAUAUCCACUGCGAUCUGAACAAGUUGUGUGAAGAUAAGGAGGAAGGAGAACAAGAAGGCGAUACUAGCAAAACAACUAUCGACGCGGCCAAGAAUGCUGAAAAGGAGAAGCAAAAAUCCGAGGCAAACGUAAAAGCAGACAUCAAAGAAGAUGCAGUCCGAGUGGAGAAGCGAAAAACGGAGGCGGAUGAGAAUGCCGUUGUUCCAUCCAGAAGUCCUGCUUCUUCUAAAGAUCUCCAAAGCCAAAACUGCUGCACGAAAACGCAGCUCCAGGCUGUAAAGGACAUGUGGGCGGAGCACUGGCGGAGGGGAGAAAAAAUGUUCAAGCGGAACAACUACUUUUUGCUCGACUGCGUCGUCCACGGCGUGUUUGGGUUGGCGGAAAACAACCGGCAAACGAACAUCAACGGCGUCACCGCGGAGCAGGCCUUGUACAAGUUCGCGGUCUAUGAACUGCAAAUAUGUCUGGGCCUGGAAGGGCUUGUUAUGCACAUUUUGCAUGAUCCAUGAUGUCUGUGAAAUAUGCGCUAGCAUCACAGAUUUUGUGAGGGCUUCCUGAUGCCUAUACCGCAUGACAAAUGCCCUCUCUGCGUAACAAAAACUGGACGCCUCUUGCGGCUUUCGCAAUACAGAUUUUCCUAGAAUCCAAAGACAGACAUUUUUGCAGUGCAUACGGUGAAGGGCGAGCGCGUCAUGCUUUUCGACCACCGGAGCUGGGAAUUGGGUGCCAAGGAUAAGUACUGCGCACGGGCCGAAGAGGUUACCGAAUUAUACGGGGAGCAAGUACUAGGCAUGAUUCCAGAGGACUUCGGAGAGGAGGUCACGGAAGGCAACGGGCCGGAGAUAUUUGUGUGA